CGCUAUGUAAUGAAAAUGCCAUUUAGACACCUGACUAAAGGGAGGGGCAUGAUAAUUGUGAAUUGGCCCAUUAAGUUGAGUUCUCAGUCCGGACUGAGCCUGUCUUAGCAACCUCGUUGUCGGUGUUACAUCACGCUGAGACCAUCGAUUCAUAGAUAUUAUCUACAGAACUGCUCAAGUAAAUUAUAUUAUAAAUUAUAUUAAAUUAUCGGGAAGUAAAUUAUAUUUUUUAUUUAUUACAUAUGAGUCAUUCAUUAUAUCAGUAAACAUAUAAUAAUUUAUAAAAUAGAACAAUUUUACAUCUGUAACUAAAGUGAAUACAAUGCUCAUAUUCAAUCGUGUGGAAUGAAUGAAAAAGCUCUGAAGUAUUGAUAAAGCGAAGUAUUGUUGGAUAUAUUUGCAUGUUACUACUCAUGAAAAAGUAAUUAUUUGUGUAUAGCGUGUUUGAAUAAAAAUCGAUAGGUUGUUAUCUCGCUUAGGUCGGGAUAAGAGUUGAACUGAUUAGUGGAUAGUGGAGAAACAGUUUGGUCUCUCGGUUCAUCAGGAGAUGCGGUUCUUGUUCUUCCUUUUGUUUACAGCGGCUCCAGUUUUUGGAGGGAGGGUCGUCUGCUACUGGAAUGGAAAGUCCAUCCUGAGGAAGGACACUGGACAGGUAUCCUUUGAAAGCAUCGACAGAGCGCUCAAUCUUUGUUCUCAUUUGAUUUAUGGAUUCGCAGCGAUCAAUGAUGACUACUACACUUUAGAACCGAUUGACAAAAAGAUCGAUUGGGACACAGAUAAAGGAAAGGGUCAAUGGCGAAAAGUGGCAGAAUUGAAGAAAUCUCAUCCUGGAUUAACUAUAAUGUUGUCCGUUGGAGGAUACGAAGAUCAAGAAGAUUUAGAUAAAUAUUUGAAAUUGUUGAACAAACAAGAGAGAAGGACUGCAUUCGCUACAUCGGUAGUGACCACCCUGAGAGAGUACGGCUUCGAUGGCAUCGAUCUCGCCUGGCAGUUCCCUCACGUGGAAGAGAAAACUGAAAAAUCGCUAAUAGGAUCCAUCUGGGACAUGAUCACGAAGGCCUUCGGGUCCGGUGUGGACAAGAAGGCGAGCCUCCACCGGGACUACUUCGUCGUCCUCUGCAGCGAGAUGAAGGCGGAGCUGAGGCCGGAGAACAAGACCCUCUCGGUCAGCGUGCUUCCCCAUGUCAACUCCACCGCCUACUUCGACGUGAAGUCGUUGAUGCAUUACGUCGACAUGGUCAACUUGUGGGCAGUGGACUUCAGGACCCCCGAAAGAACUCAAGGCCUCGCGGAUUAUCCGCACCCUCUUCACUUGGUCACUCAACGGCUACCGCACCAGAACGUGGAAGCUGUCGUCAGGCAUUGGUUGAACCACGAGGCCAUAGCUUACAAACUGAACUUGGGAAUCGCCACCUGGGGCAGGUCAUGGAGGUUGAAGGACGUGUCCAGUUGGUCAGGCAUCCCUCCUCUCAAAGCGGAUGGACCUGGAGCAGAAGGUCGCUAUACAAAGACCAAGGGAUUUCUGGCAUAUUACGAAAUCUGUUAUCCCUUAGUAACUGCAGACAAUGAUACUGCUCCUGAAGAUAGCCUGAGGAUGGGAGCCAGCGAUAAAAGACAGUCUGGUGCCUUCGCCUACACCCUGCCCUCCAAGAACGUGAGGGGGAUCUGGGUUGGGUACGAAGACCCGGAAACCGCAGCUGCCAAAGCCUCCUUCGCCAAGCACAUCGGACUCGGAGGGGUCGCCAUCCUGGAUAUCGCCUUGGACAACCCCUGGGGAGUCUGCGAAGGGAUCAUCUUCCCGAUAACUAAGGCAGCGAGGAAGUCCAUAGCGUUCGAGAGCAGGGUGGUAUGCUACUGGAAUGGCAAGUCUUACUGGAGGGAAGGGAACGCAAAAGUAACUAUAGAUGAUAUCAGGCCAGGACUAGCUCAGUGUUCUUACCUCAUAUAUGGAUAUGCGGCCAUCAACGACGACAACUACCAUUUGGAACCGAUUGACAAGAAGUUGGAUUUGGAUACGGAUAAAGGCCAGGGACUAUGGAAGAAAGUUACAGCACUGAAGAAAGAACAUCCACAACUGCCCAUCUUCUUGUCUGUUGGCGGUUAUGAAGACACCGAUGAUAUGGACAAAUAUUUAGAUGUGCUCGAAAAACCUGAAAGAAGGACGGCGUUCGUUGAUUCUGUUGUAGAAUUACUAAAUAAAUACCAUUUCGAUGGCAUUGACCUCGCAUGGCAAUUCCCACACCAGGAAGAGAAGACCACUAAAUCAGCAAUGGAAAAUCACAAGUGCCUUCGGAGCUGGAGUCGACAAGAAGGCCAGCUUGCACAGGGACUUCUUCAUAGCUCUCUGCAGGGAGCUCAAAGCCGAAUUGAGGCCCGACAAGAAGCUCCUGUCCAUCGCUGUCCUUCCGCAUAUCAACACUACCGCAUGAUUUCAGCAUAUUUCGACGUGAGGUCGCUCAUACCCUACGUGGACAUGGUCAACUUGUGGACAGUCGACUUCAGGACGCCAGACAGAUCUCCAGACCAGGCAGACUACGUCCACCCUUUAACUUUUAAAAAACCACGUCUAGAACAUCAGAACUCCGAAGCAGUUAUAAGGCAUUGGUUGAACAACGGAGCAGAACCAAGUAAGCUCAAUUUGGGGAUUGGUACUUGGGGCAGAUCUUGGGUCCUCACUAGAGAUUCCGGUCUGUCCGGCAGCCCACCCCUCAAAGCCGACGGGGCUGGCGAGAAAGGGACUCAUACGAAGACGAAAGGACUUCUUGCCUAUUACGAAAUCUGUACAAGGCUUGUUAGCCCAUCGAAUCCUAGAGCUCCAGAAGGAAGCCUGAGGAAGAUGACUGAAUCGCAGACCUCUUUGGGCACCUACGGCUACAGCCUGCCGGACCGGAAGGUGGACAGGGGCCUCUGGGUGGGCUUCGAGGAGCCCUCGACGGCGGCGGCGAAGGCGGAGCUGGCGAAGAGGCACCGCCUGGGAGGGGUCGCCGUCCUCGACCUCGCCCUCGACGACUCCAGGGGCAUCUGCGACGGCACCAAGUUCCCCAUCGCCAGGGCCGCCAAGCUCAACACGUCAGCCCCCCGCAGUGUUGCCAACUUCCCACAGCUAAAUAUCCCCUCCUUCGGCGGCGCGGAUAUAAGCUGUGUCUACUCCCUGGCCAGCUUCAGUCAGGAGAAGAUGCGUUUCUUGUUCUUAUUUUUCUUAGCGGUGGCUCCAGCUUUUGGAGCCAGGGUGAUCUGCUACUGGAAUGGCAAGUCCUUCUGGAGGGAAGGUACAGCAAAAGUAACAGUUGAAGAUAUCAAAGUAGGAGCUAGCCUUUGUACUCACUUGAUAUAUGGAUUCGCUGCCAUUGAUGAUGAUGAAUAUCAUAUUGAACCAAUUGACAAGAAACUAGACUUGGAUAAAGGUAAGGGACAAUGGAGAGCUGUAGCAUCUUUGAAGCAAUCACAGCCAGGUCUCUCAAUCCUGUUGUCUGUGGGCGGUUAUGAAGAUCACGAAGAUGAGGAGAAGUACUUUGAAGUGCUUGAAAAACCAGAAAGACGGACCAAAUUCAUCAACACAGUUGUUGCUCUCCUCCGCGAAUUUAAAUUUGAUGGUGUUGAUCUAGCUUGGCAGUUCCCUCCUCAACAUGAGAAAUAUGAAAAAACAUCUAUUGCAUCAAUCUGGCACAAAAUAAAGAAAACGUUUGGAGCUGGUGUUGAUUCUAAAGCUAUUGAACACAGAGAUCAGUUUGUCGCUCUAUGCAGAGAACUUAAAGCUCAAUUAAGACCAGAGGGCAGAAUGCUUUCAGUUGGUGUUCUUCCACAUGUUAAUUCUACGACUUACAUGGAUAUAAGGUCUUUGAUGCCAUAUGUUGAUAUGGUGAACCUAUGGGCAGUCGACUUCAGGACACCAGACAGAGCUCCACAGAAAGCUGACUAUGUUCAUCCUCUAGUUUUCCUUUACCCAAGGCUACCUCAUCAAAAUGUUGAAGCUGUCGUAAGACAUUGGUUGGACAAUGGUGCUGAACCUCAAAAAUUGAACCUUGGAAUAGCUACAUGGGGAAGAUCUUGGAAACUAAAUGAAGAAUCAGGACUAUCUGGUACUCCUCCAGUUAUUGCUGACGGACCUGGUGGGAAAGGACCCCACACUAAGACAGACGGACUACUCGCAUACUAUGAAGUGUGUAUUAAACUGGUCAGUCCAACAAAUCCAACAGCUCCUGCUGGUAUGCUAAGAAAAGUUGGUGAUCCAGAAAGGAAAAUGGGUGCCUACGCAUUCAGAUUACCAGACCAGAGAGCAGGAGAAAGUGAAGGCCUAUGGGUCGGAUUUGAAGAGCCUGAUACAGCAGCUGCAAAAGCUGUUUACGCUAAGUCAAGAGGUCUCGGAGGUGUUGCCAUCCUUGAUUUGGGUCUAGAUGACUCGAGGGGUAUCUGUGACGGAAACAGAUACCCAAUAACAAGGGCGGCAAAACUUAACCUAGAUAAUUUGGGUGGUAUAUCAAUGAUCCUACCAGCACAACCAGCCUAUCCUGUUCAACCUCCUUAUAAUGGGGCUCCAUCACAACCUUAUAUCGGUGUACCACAACCUCCUUAUUCUGGAGUUCCUUCUCAACCUGGAUAUGGUAAUGUUCAACUCCCUCAACCUGCCUAUGGUAAUUUACAACCUGGUUACGGUGGUGUACAACCUCAACAACCAGCCUAUGGUGGAAUUCAAACACCGCAACAACCAGCCUAUGGUGGAGUUCAAACACCGCAACAACCAGCCUAUGGUGGAGUUCAAACACCGCAACAAGGAUUCGGAGGAGUCCAGACUCCACAACAAGGAUACGGAGGCCUUCAGACCCCACAACAAGGAUUUGGUGGAGUUCAGCCUCCACAACCAGGUUUUAAUUACACUCCUAAUCGAACACAGAUCAUAUACAGCCCACCACAUAAUGGACGUUAAUAGACAUAGAAAUAAAUUAAAUUAUUGUAACUGUAACAUUACCAUUUUAUUUGUAUGUUAAAUAUAAGUUUUUAGUAUCGUAUU